UAGUUUCUAUGAAAAUUGUGUUUUAUCAAUUAUAAUUCAAACAGGGGCCAAAAUAACAAGCCGCAAAAACUUAAUUGUGCAAGUCAAUUUUCACAUUACGGGACUUCACUUGUGUUUCACAUGCAGUUUUGGCUAUAAAAUGACGUUCAUGCAUUGCUUAGAUUAUAUAAUGAUUACACUUUCUGGGUUAGUAUCUAAACAAGGGUUGGGAACUUUGAAUCUGUUGAGCAAAACAAUUCAUAAAAGUAUGGGGGGGUUUCUGUUUCUUGUCCUGAGUUUCUUGCUUUGUCAUUUUCCUUCACAAACGUCUUCAUUGAUUCCAUUUUGCAACCAUGAUGACGCCUCCGCCUUGCUUAGUUUCAAGAGCUCAUUUACUCUCAAUAGCUCUUCUGACUCUUCUCGUUGGUGUGAGUCUCCUUAUCCAAAGACAGAAUCAUGGGAAAAUGGUACGAAUUGCUGCUUGUGGGAAGGGGUGAGUUGUGACACCAAGUCAGGUCACGUAAUUGGCAUAGACCUUAGCUGCAGUUGCCUUCAAGGUGAAUUUCAUCCCAACACCACUCUCUUCAAACUCAUUCAUCUCAAAAAACUCAACCUUGCCUUCAAUGAUUUUUCCAAUUCUCCAAUGCCUAACGGCUUUGGUGAUCAAGUGGCUCUUACUCAUCUAAAUCUAUCUCACUCUGCAUUUAGUGGUGUUAUUCCUUCUAAAAUCUCUCAGCUCUCAAAAUUAGUCUCUCUUGAUCUCUCAUUUCUUGGAAUUGAAGCAGGAAUGAGAAUUGAAGCAGCAACCCUGGAAAAUGUCAUUUUAAAUGCAACUGAUAUAAGGGAGCUCACUCUUGUUUUCCUAGAUAUGUCUUCCAUUAAACCGAGCUCUCUAUCUUUGUUAGUGAAUUUCUCAUCCUCUUUGGUCUCUCUUAGUCUUCAAAAUACAGGAUUGCAAGGGAAGUUAGCAAAUAACAUACUCUGUUUACCCAAUCUUCAAAAGCUUGAUCUGUCUUUCAAUUGGGAUCUCGAAGGUGAACUUCCAGAGUUCAAUCGGAGCACUCCUCUUAGAUACUUGAAUCUCUCUUACACUGGUUUUUCAGGAAAACUUCCCAAUUCCAUUAACCAUUUGGAGUCUCUUAACUAUUUGAGUUUUGAAUUUUGUCACUUUGGAGGACCUAUUCCUGUGUUUUUAUCUAAUCUGACGCAACUAAAACACUUGGACCUUGGUGGGAACAAUUUCAGCGGUGAGAUUCCAUCAUCCCUUUCAAAUCUAAAACACUUGGACCUUAGUGGGAACAAUUUCAUCGGUGAGAUUCCAUCAUCCCUUUCAAAUCUAAAACACUUGGACCUUAGUGGGAACAAUUUCAGCGGUGAGAUUCCAUCAUCCCUUUCAAAUCUUCAACAUCUCACUUACUUAGAUCUUUCAAUUAAUAAUUUUGUUGGUGAGAUCCCCGAUUUGUUUGACAAGCUUAGCAAAUUAGAAUAUUUACACAUUUCUAGAAACAACCUAGUGGGCCAAUUGCCAUCAUCAUUGUUUGGACUAACUCAGCUUAGUGAUUUAGAUUGUUCAUACAAUAAAUUAGUUGGCCCAAUGCCAGACAAAAUUAGUGGACUUUCUAAUUUAAUUUAUCUGGAUAUGUCUGGUAACUCCCUGAAUGGAACAAUUCCCCAAUGGUGCUUUUCUUUGUCAUCGAUGUUAAAGUUAUCUCUUUAUGGGAAUCAGCUUACAGGGCCAAUUGGUGAAUUCUCUUGUCUGUCCUUGGAUUCUUGUGAUCUCUCUCAUAACAAGCUACAAGGUAAUAUUCCCAACUCAAUGUUUCAUCUACAAAAUCUCACUUGGUUGAGUCUAUCAUCAAACAACUUGACUGUCCUUGUAGAUUUUCACAAAUUUUCGAAUAUGCAAUUUCUACAAAUUCUUGAUCUCUCUGAAAAUAAUUUUCUCUACCUCAGUUUCAACAAUACUGGGAGUCACUACACCUUUCCCAACCUUAGAUAUUUAUAUUUAUCUUCAUGCAAUAUCAAUAGUUUCCCAAAACUCCUUAGUAGGCUAAAAUAUCUUAAAUCUUUAGAUCUAUCAAGGAACCAAAUCCAUGGCAGGAUUCCAAAGUGGUUUAAUAGCACAGGGAAAUAUACUUUGUCUAUUUUGGACCUUUCUCAUAACCUUCUAACAUCGGUUGGGUAUCUCUCACUCUCAUGGGCGACCAUGCGAUACGUUGACCUUAGCUUCAACAUGUUGCAAGGAGAUAUUCCAGUUCCCACAUUUGGCAUUGAAUACUUUUCUGUCUCAAAUAACAAAUUGACUGGACACAUUUCUUCAACUAUUUGCAAUGCAAGCUCCCUUGAGAUUCUCAACUUGUCUCACAAUAACUUGACGGGCAAGCUUCCUCAAUGCCUUGGAACCUUUCCUUACCUUUCAGUUUUGGAUAUGCGAAGGAACAACCUUGGUGGAAUGAUACCCAAAACCUAUCUAGAGAUAGAAGCAUUGGAGACUAUGAAUUUUAAUGGCAAUCAAUUGGAGGGACCAUUACCUCGGUCUGUUGUCAAGUGCAAACGGCUAAGAGUUUUGGACCUUGGAGAAAAUAAGAUACAAGAUACAUUUCCAACUUUUCUGGAGUCACUUCAGCAGCUGCAAGUCCUUGUUUUACGUGCUAAUAGGUUCAAUGGUACCAUCAAUUGUUUGAAAUUGAAGAAUGCUUUUCCCAUGUUGCGGGUUUUUGACAUCUCCAACAAUAAUUUUAGUGGCAAUUUGCCAACAGCUUGCAUAGAAGACUUUAAGGGAAUGAUAGUGAAUGUUGAUAAUGGUAUGCAAUAUAUGACGGGAGAAAACUAUUCUUCCAGUUACUAUGAUUCUGUGGUAGUCACCAUGAAAGGAAACAUUUAUGAGCUGCAGAGAAUCCUAACUACUUUCACAACUAUUGAUUUGUCAGAUAACAGAUUUGGAGGAGUGAUCCCAGCAAUCAUUGGAGAGUUAAAGUCACUCAAAGGGCUUAACCUUUCCCACAACAGAAUCACUGGUGUUAUUCCACAAAACUUUGGUGGUUUGGAAAAUCUUGAAUGGUUAGACCUCUCUUCAAACAUGCUCACAGGUGAGAUUCCAAAGGCAUUGACCAAUCUUCACUUCCUCUCGGUCUUAAACCUUUCACAGAACCAGCUGUUGGGGAUGAUACCAACAGGUAAGCAGUUUGACACAUUCCAGAAUGAUUCCUAUGAAGGCAAUCAAGGGUUAUGUGGGUUGCCUCUGUCAAAAUCUUGCCACAAUGAUGAAAAAUUGCCAACAGAUUCAUCAACAUUUCAGCAUGAUGAAGAAUUCAGGUUUGGUUGGAAACCCGUAGCUAUAGGAUAUGCAUGUGGAGUGGUAUUUGGAAUACUAUUGGGUUAUAUUGUCUUCUUCUUUCGGAAACCAGAAUGGUCAAUCAGUUUUGUUGAAUGCAUUCUUAAUCAAAGAGUGAGAAAGAAGAGCAACAGGUCUAAUGCAAAUACAAGACGAUACAACCAAGGUCGUUAAAGGAACUGUAAAUCAGUCCACACUAGGAAUAUACAGCAGGUGUCAAGUUGAUGUCCCAUAUAGUGAAUGCCAUUUCAGUUGAGGUCAUUCUUCUACUCCGUUCUAUUUUUGUCGCUUUGGUGUUGCUGAACGUGAUGUUGAAUAUGUUGAAAAAAUUUCUGACAAGUUUACUCUUUCAAUUCAUGUGUUGUAAUAAGCGUAUAAGUUAUGUAUUUUUUUUACUUGUAUCAUUUGUGUGCUGAAUAGCAGGAAUUUAUCUCCUUAGAUCUUUAGUGUACCAGUUAAAUUGCAUGCAAGAACUUGUAGACUUGUAGUUUCCUUCCGUAUCUCUGACUGUAAACUUGUGAUCUAAGUCUUAAAAGAAAACAUGACUGCCUCCUUUUACCCAAUUUUGCUA